GUCAAGGACAUGAGUGAGCUUGACAAGAUCACGUACUUCAUCCGAGGUCUUGUUAGCCCCACGAAAGAAGUUCAGUAUCGUCGUUGCACGACGGUAUCUGAGGCUCUCUCAGUUGCACUCGAGUAUGACAGAUCGCACUUUCGUGCUGGU